GUUGGAGAGAUUUUUCCUGAUCCAGCCAUGGUGGCUAGGUUGUUUUUGGACACACAAGACACUAAUUUGAACAAAUCCCUUCUACAUGUGAGACUGAACUUUAUAGCAAUUGAUUAAUUAUUUCAAAUUUCCUUUUAAGUUUUAGAUUGAAUGUAAGACUGAGUAGAGUAAAGGGGGGAAGUUUAGGGGGACAUGGAGAGAGGAAAUGGACAGGAAAUAUUGUGGAAAAAGAACCGUUUUAGCAUUUCUUGGUUUGUCAAAUCAAGCAACUUUUUUACUUGCUUGCUCAUUUUGAUGAUUUUUCUCUGAAAUGUGAUGACUUUUCAGUAAAAUUCCAUUAAAAACUUUGGAGAAUGCAUAUUCAGCCACUGUAAUUCAAACCUGUAAGUCACCAAAGAUAAAAAGAAAUAUCCUAAAUAAUUGACAUACUUCAAAGAAUACAGGAAAUGUAAUUAGUGUGAACAAGAAAAAAGGGCUUUGUAAUUAUGUGACGUCUCAUCUUUCCCAUCCUCCCACAGGUUUUGAAGAUCUCUAACCAAAACCUACGAGAGUAUCAGUCUUCAACAGACGCUCUGCAAAGAUGUGGGCGAAGACAGCAAUCUCACUUCUCUGGAGAGCAUGAAUAUUUAGCAUUCCACCCAGCAUUUGUUGACAUUUGUAAAACAAAAAAUGAAUUUGUCUGUCUGUCUUCUCUUCGCUUUUUUCUCCCUUUGCCUUCUCACUUUUUUUGUCGCUUCAGCACCACAUCUCAGUUGCUGACUGUAGAUGGAGGCAUGCUGGGGAUGCAGCAGCAAAGAAGAUAUACAUUUCUUUCUGUACCAGAGGAUUUAAAUUGUGUUUUCUCUAUAAAUGGGGGAUAUAACGGCACGGAUCAGAGGAGAGCUGAUGGUUCCUGUCAGGGAUAAAUGGAGUGUGCUGCAGUCACUGCAUUUCUCCCCUUCUUGCAUGUGCAACUCCAUUGCGUCUUUCCUUGUUGUUUUUAGAUCUGCUUUGUCAGCUGUAGAUAAAUCAGAUAAACGCUGAGGUUAUAGUUCAGUCCAUUCUUUUCCAUCCUCUCCCACUCCUUCGCUUUGAGCCAUCAGGUCCAUCAGGGCAGCUUCUUUGGCUGAUUGUGUUCUGAAGGAUGGAUUAAAAGAUGCUUUGCCAAAUAUUGAUUGCCUGCAAGCCUCUGACCCGAACAAGAGCAGACCUAAAGUGAAAUAUGUGACACGGUCAGUGCUGCUGUUCAGUCAUAUGAGGUCUUCUUUUUUGAGGUCUGAAGACCAGAAAUCAGUGGACCGAACCUUUAUCUGAUGCUUCUCCAAUUAAUUAUCACUUCUAACCAUCCUAAUCUCUUUUCCCAUUAUUAAGAAGGCAGAGUUCCUUCAGUUUGAACUGCCGGAAAGGCUUUUACUUCUCUCUCACUCGACCUUGAAGCAGCAGUGCUGGCAUCAUCAGUGCCCCACGCCUCCUGUUUCCUCGGAGGAAUUCAGCGCUUGUCCUCCUGAAAUUAUAGACUCUGAAAUGUAUGUCUGCCACAUGAUCACAAGGGCAUUAUUUUAUGUGAGAUUUAAUAAAUUAUAAAAGUAGAACUAAUCAAAUUAAAUAGAGAGCAUGGAUGUGAGGUUAUUUUAAGUGAAAAAUGCUGUGUCAUGUGUGUUGAAGCUUGAGAAUUCCAUAUACCUGAUGACGUGUAAUGUGUCUCAAUGUUCAAAUAUAGCAUAAAGGGUAGUGCCAUUUAGGGAAAGGAGAUAAAAGGAAAUGAAGAAUCCAGAUGUGAGGUCAGCAUUUUCAGCUGGUUUACUCAAAAUAGACAAAAAUGAAGAGCAAAGAGCAGUGGAAAAAGCUGAUGCAUGAAGAGAUCCAGUCAUCCAUCUCCCAGUUGCCACCACACCAACAGACAGUGGAGAGAACAUGGGGCUCUUCACCACAGACAGACAGCGGUGGAUUUGUGGCAAAAUCGCAAACCUUGAGUUAUGAGGAGACUUUUUUACCCUCGGUUGGCUUGGUAAACAACCUUAAACAUGUUUUGUAAAACAUUGGCUUCCAAAAUACAUAGCAUGUGUUGUUCUAUCAACUUGAGCAUUGAUCUUAAAAUUGUCAUCUGCUUUUGAGCCAUAGAAAACGAAAUAGCCCAUCCCUUUUUAGACAAGAACUGUGCCUUCAGAACAGCAGCUAAAUAAAGCUCUCAUCCCUCACCAUUAUCUCUCGAUAUUCAUAUCUGAAUGGCCUAAAAAGAUUCCCAAGUGCAACCUUGCACAGCCUUUUAUAAUCUUAAGCAAUUAAUCUGGCAGCUGCAGUUUCAACUCCUGCUAAACAAUUUCUGCUGUUAUCUGGCGCCCCCUGCUGGUUAAAACACUUCACAUUGGCUGUAAGUGGGGUUCCCACUGGUUUGCAAUUAACCUCCUAACUGUUUAAGAUUUUAUUUUUUUAAACCCAGUUUGAAGGAGCAGUUCUGGAACUGUUAUUAAUCAUUUAAGCAUUAAAAUAUAUAUAGAAAUGAUAAAAAUAAAUAAUAAAAGGCUCCUCAUCACACAUUGCAUGAACCCAAUAUUUGAUCAUCCCAGCAAUCUGAUGCGAGACGAAGCAGUAUCAUACAUAUAAAGGUGAUGAAAGUACGAAUCAGGAAAAGCCAGUUUGAGAGGUGUGUGCGUCUUCCUGUCAUGGCCGCAGAAAAUCGGUCUGGGUGACGGCUCCCUGCGGCCUGUGAUCCAGGGGCAUCUGAGGCAACAUUCAAUGAGAGCGUAACUUUACGCGUAUAAAGCACACAGUGUUGAAAUAACAAAGAAGCAGCAGAAAGAUCUGGCCCAAGCAAGGCAGAUCUUGUCAAAUGAUUCAAUUAAGAUACCGGUACAUUUCUCUUUCUCAGGACAGGUUUCUCUUAGCUUAAGGAUGCUUUAGAUUUUUUUUAAAAAUCAACAGGACAGUUGUUUUUGCAAAGGUGUUCACCCAAACUCAGAAAACAAGACAUUAUUUUUCCAAAAACUAAACAUUUUCACCACCUUUCCUGGGAGGUCAGGUCAACCUUCUCCUCUCUGUCAUGACAUGCAGAACUGUCAGAUGUCAGCUCAGGUUUGGGAGCUUGUUUGACAUCAGGUAAAUAAAACAUGAAGACUCUAUUUCUGUCCUCUCCAGAAAUGUAGUCUUCUACAUGUGAGAGCUGCUGCAACUCACCUUGAGAAUUUUCAAAAUAUUCAGCAGCACACAGGGGUAAAAGAACAGCUUUAAAAGUGUUUUUUAUAAGUUUGAAGUCAUUUACAGAGCAUUUUUCUUGUUUUCUAAGCAAAACAAAUGUGUGAAAAAUCGUUUUCAUCUUUGUUCUUGAACUGUUUUUUUCAGGUUUUAAAAGUAAAUGUUGAUUUCUAAUAGUCCUUUAGGAGCAUAAGCGUUUAAUAAACUGUUAAUAAAGAUAUAUUUGGGAAACACAACAAGGGGAAAGAGAAGUCCUCUGGAAUUUUAUCAUGGUGCACAGGUUUCAGUAAUAUGCCUGUAGUUGUCACACAUUUAUGAAUCUUUAGAGGAUUAAAAAUCCUGCAUUGAAAUAAUUGAGUAAAAUUACAACUUUAUCGCUUUUUUACACACAAAAAAUGGGCCUUUUGCUAUCCUUAUUUCCAUUUUUGUAGAUUGUAGCGUUGAAUCCAAGGCUGUGUCAGGAAGACCCGGUUACAGAAACUAAUGUCACAAACCUGAUAGUAACAAUCUAGAUUCUACCACACAAAAACAGCCAGUCAGAUAGUUUAAAUGAUAACUAUAAUGUUCAGACUUUAUGGAGACUAUGAUGACAUACAUCAAUAUUUGAGUAAUAGUAUAAAUAUCUGCACGUUUCCACUUGGAGCAGGCAUUCGCUGAGUGCCGUCAGUCCACUUGAUGCUGGAAACUGGAUCCUUGGUGGAACCUGCACACAUCACCCAGGCAUUACGGUAGGAAUGUAUGUAGGUGAGUCUGCAGGUGACUGACAGGCAGGUGAGAGGGGUGGAGCUCCACGGGGGAGCAGUGAAGCUUGGUUUGCAAGUCUUCAUUCAACAGCCGGCACAGAAAUGGCUAUGAGGAGACAAGGAGAAUCAGAAAUAAACCAGGAUUGAUAAAGGAAUUAAACUUUACGCUCAUUUCGACACAUAUGGAGGUGUAUAGCCCCAACAUGGGUGAGAGCGGAGCCUGUCUGUGUCAGGUGAAGCAGCUCCCCUGCCCCAGCGUCCCCCUUUCCUGUUUGCAAGCAGGUGGAAACCACAGGAACAACCUGCCCCAGCUCACUUGCAGGCUUUCCGUGAACGGCGUGGCCUCUGCGCUGACCCCCGGCCCAACGCCGGCCAUCCGUAACAGGGUGAGCGCAGCCACAGCAGGAACCUGGACCAGCUCGGAGUGUAUGGCCUCCACACUGGGAGAGGAUGGAGCAGCACCCCGGGGUGUUUCCAAAGGGAAGGUUUUGGUGACAGGAGGAGGGGGCUACUUUGGAUUCAGGUUGGGAAGAGACCUGGCCAGUCAGGGUUUCACUGUCAUCCUUCUGGACAUUUGCAAGCCUUCCUGUGACAUUCCUGAUGGAGCAACUUUUUAUCAGAGUGACAUUCGGGACUAUGCCUCCCUCUAUAAAAUAUGUGAAGGGGUGGAAUGCGUCUUCCACACAGCGGCUUAUGGCAUGUCUGGACCAGAGCAGCUGAAAAGGGAACAGGUGGAGUCUGUCAAUGUCGGCGGCACCAACAAUGUCAUCAUUGUGUGUAAAGAGCGGAGCAUCCCCAGACUGGUGUACACCAGCACCACCAAUGUUGUGUUUGCUGGGAGAGCUGUUACUGAUGGUGAUGAAGCUUCAGUGCCAUACGUGCCCAACGAUUUGCACAUCGAUCACUAUUCCAGAACCAAAGCGAUUGCGGAGCAGAUGGUCCUCUUGGCCAAUGGAUCCCUCCUGACAGGUGGAGGGAGGCUGCAGACCUGCGUCCUGCGUCCCUGUGGCAUCUAUGGACCAGGGGAAUGGAGGCAUCUUCACAGAGUGAUAAUGAAUGUGAAGCGUCGCCUGUUCAGCUUCAGGUUUGGGGACCCCAACGCCAAGAUGAACUGGGUUCAUGUGGAUAACCUGGUGCUGGCCCACAGGCUGGCAGCAGAAGCCCUCACCAUUAAAAGGAGCUGCAUCGCUAGUGGACAGACGUAUUUCAUUAACGAUGGAGUUUCAGUCAAUUUGUUUGACUGGCUGACACCUUUGUUUGAAAAGCUGGGCUACAGCAGACCGUUGAUACAUCUGCCGUUUUCACUCGUCUAUUCAGCAGCCAUCAUGGUUGAGUAUUUACACCUGAUUCUGAGACCGGUGAUAGAAGUUCCUCUCCUUUUCACCAGAAGUGAGGCCAGGAACAUCACAGUGAACCACACCUUCAAAAUCGACAAGGCCCGCAGAGAGCUGGGCUUCUGCCCGAAGCCCUACAACCUGGGAGACUGUGUGGAGCACUACCUGAAGAGCCAGCAGACUCCCCCCAACUCAGCCUCCCAGCUGCCCCAGUACCUCCUGCUGCUGAUGGGGAUCUUCACAUUGGCACUUCUGUGUUUCUUAGCUUUUCAAAGCAACUAAAAUAUUUAGCAUACACGAUAGAAGCAAAGACUGUUGGACCCUUUUUUUCAGAACUUGUUUUGUUUUCUCUUGUGAAGGGGCUCUGUUGAUAGACAGCAGACCAAUAAACAGUUGAAGAAGUGACAGCUUUUUAUUUAUUUUAUUUAAUGAAGUUAAGUUAUGUUAUUAGUAUUUCUAGUAUUUACUGAAUAAUUUAAUGUGCUUAAGGAUUGCUUCUAGAAUUUGUGAAAAUGUGAAUACUAAACCUCAACAAUAUUAAGAACAAAUAAAGUAACAAUUUUGUAUACAUUUAAAAAUAAAAGCAUAAGAAAUAUAUGUGAUUGCCAUUUCUUUGUGUAACUUCACUAUUUAAAAACACAUUUGUUGAGAAAUAUAGCAUUUCUGUCUGAA